CUCAGCUUUAAUCCCACUUGGCUUUCUUGUUUCCUAAGCUUUGCCUUUUCAUAUUCUCGCUCAUUUUCUGACUAACCAAACACUAAGAAAAAGAGCAGGGAGUCAAAAAAAUGUCCAUGGAGCCCAACUCUCUCUUCAUUCCACCAACUGGGUUUUCAUCAGUCUUAAGCUUGGAGUUGUUUCUCUGUGUCUUCCUCUUCGUCUCUGUUUUCUCCUUUUGGCUCUCACCUGGUGGCCUUGCUUGGGCUUUGUCCAAGUCCAGAGCUCAACACCCUUCAAAAACUGCCAUCCCUGGUCCUUCUGGCCUUCCUGUUCUUGGGUUGGUCUUGGCCUUCACUGGCUCUCUGACUCACAGAGUUCUAGCUAGGCUUGCUGAGACCUCAAAGGCCAAACCUUUAAUGGCAUUCUCUGUUGGGUUUACUCGUUUUGUCAUCUCCAGCCACCCUGAUACAGCUAAAGAGCUCUUGAAUAGCUCUGCGUUCGCUGACCGGCCCAUUAAAGAGUCUGCUUAUGAGCUUUUGUUCCAUAAAGCAAUGGGCUUUGCCCCUUUUGGGGAGUAUUGGAGGAACUUGAGGAGAAUCUCGGCCACCCAUUUGUUCAGCCCGAAAAGAAUCGCUAGUUUCGGUUUGUUUCGGGAAAAUAUCGGGCACAAAAUGGUGGAGGAGAUGAAGGCCUUGAUGGAGAGGGCUGGUGAGGUCGAGGUUAGGAAAGUGUUACACUUUGGGUCUUUGAACAAUGUCAUGAUGAGUGUUUUUGGAAGGAGCUAUGAGUUUGGAGAAGGGUGUGAAAAUGAUGGCGAGGCUCAUGAGCUCGAGGAGUUGGUGAGUGAAGGGUAUGAGUUGCUUGGGAUUUUCAAUUGGAGUGACCACUUUCCUCUUUUGGGUUUGUUGGACUUGCAAGGUGUGAGGAAGAGGUGCAAGAAAUUGGUGGCAAAAGUGAAUGUUUUUGUUGGGAAAAUCAUAGAGGAGCAUAGGGUGAAGAGAGUUGCGGGUGCUGAUCACGAAAGUGGUGAUUUUGUUGACGUGCUUCUUGAUUUGGAGGAGAACAGACUCAGCGACUCUGAUAUGAUUGCAGUUCUGUGGGAAAUGAUCUUCAGAGGGACUGAUACAGUGGCAAUACUCCUGGAGUGGAUUCUUGCAAGAAUGGUUCUACACCCAGAUAUCCAAGCCAAGGCCCAGUCAGAGAUUGACACCGUUGUAGGCACCGGUAACCGGUCUGUAUCAGAUUCUGACCUCCCCAACCUUCCCUACCUCCAUGCCAUAGUCAAGGAAACCCUUAGAACGCAUCCACCAGGACCCCUCUUGUCCUGGGCCAGGCUUGCCAUCCAUGACACUCACUUAGGUCAUCACUUCAUCCCAGCAGGCACCACUGCCAUGGUCAACAUGUUUGCUAUUACACAUGAUGAGAAGAUCUGGUCUGAUCCCAACGAAUUCAAACCAGAGAGGUUCAUCGUGAAUGAAGAUGUUCCCAUUAUGGGCUCUGAUUUAAGGCUGGCUCCUUUUGGCUCUGGAAGAAGAACCUGUCCUGGUAAAGCCAUGGGCUUGGCCACUGUGGAGCUGUGGCUUGCUCAGUUGCUGCAGAGCUUCAAGUGGGUCCCUUGUGAUGAUCAGUCUGCAGGUGUGGACUUGUCUGAGACCUUGAAACUUUCUCUGGAAAUGAAGCACUCUCUUGUCUGCAAGGCUGUUACUAGGGUUGUGAUCUGAUCAAAUGCUAUUUACUUGUGGUGCAUGUUUGUUAAUUAGGCUAGCUAGCCCUAUGGUGGAGAUCAAAUAAGUUGAUCAUUUACUAUGUUAAAAGCUUUAAUUAGCUAGGCUUUUGUUAGAUAGGAAGGGCGCCUCUGGUUCUUCGAAAAUAAAAAUAAAAAUAAAAAAAAGGGUAGGGCAUGUGAACUUUAGGUUACUUUGAUUAACAAGACUUAGCUUGGGUUUGGGUUACUUCUAUCUUUGUUAUAUGCAGGGCUUGUGGAACUUUCUUGUAAACUUUUUUUGUCAUUUAUAUAUCAAUGCAA